UUAGAAAACAUAACUGUUUUUAUUAGUUGUCUUGGCAAAAUUACAAAAUCAAAUAAAAAAGCUGGUCAUAAUUAUGCAGCAUCAUUAUUUUAUAAAUACAAAGGAAUACAGUCUGUUUUUUAUCAAUAUAUUGACAAAGAUUUAUUUUUAAUAACAAUUUAUCAAAAUAGUCAAAUUGUUAUUGAAUAUAAAGAUAUUUCACCUAAUACUAUUUGGAAUAAAACUCAUAUUUUGAAAUCUAUUUCAGGCGAAACUUUAUUUGUUAUAAAUUAUCCUAUAACUUUAAAUAGAAUAAAUCAAAUAUUUUUACAUCAACCAUCUAUUUUUAAAUAUACACUUGCAGAUUGGAAUAACAAAACAAUAAUAAAACAAUUAUACGAGUUACAUUUAAAAAGAACAAUUAGAAGAUCAAUUCAAUGGUAUCAAGUGUUUCAAAAUUGGAUACAACAAAAAAGCAAUAUAAUUGAAUUGUAUACUCAUCUUGACAAAGUAUAUGAUUUGAAUUAUGAAAUUUCUGAAAGAGAAUUACGAUUGUGGUGUGCAAUGUUUCGUAUAUUGGAAUGUACAAAUAUUACUCCAUAUAACAAUGACAUUUCUUAUGAUGAAUUUUGGACAAAUGCAACUAAUUCUGAAAAAGAUCGAAUAAAUGGAAAGAUACGUAUGUUAUCAAUAAUUGGAGAAGAUUUUACAUAUAAAAAAAUAAUUGAAAAAUUAGAGGUUUCGUCUAAUACAAUUAACACAGCACGAAAAUUUUUCCGAAUUAAUGAACCUAGAUGUCCUAUAUUAGAAAAACCAAUUAUUACUUGUUCAAAAAUGUCAGAAGUUAAAGUAAAAGAAUUUGAACUUUUUUUUACAGACAAAGCAAAUGUAAAUAUGAGUUCUUAUAAAGUAGAUGCAAAAACUCAAUUACCAGUGCUUUAUCUAAAAAAUCAAAAAAGUAUCCUUUGGGAAAAAUUUUCUGCUACUUAUCCUAAUGGAAUGAAGC